CCAGCCCCUCCUCUUCCGUCCCCGCUCGUCUCUCCUCUCCAGCAGCGCUGCUCGCCUGCCUGCCUGUCAGAUCGGUACCCCAGUGUUGGAGGCUCGGCUCUACCCUCCAGCCAGCCAGCCAGCCGGACCCCCGAGGCUCGCUCCCGCAGCCCCCUCUCUCUGCCGCCAUGGCGACCACCGCGACGUGCACGCGCUUCACCGACGAGUACCAGCUGUACGAGGAGCUGGGCAAGGGUGCUUUUUCAGUGGUGCGUAGGUGUGUAAAGAAGUCAUCAGGACAGGAAUAUGCUGCAAAAAUCAUCAACACCAAGAAGCUGUCGGCGAGGGACCAUCAGAAACUUGAGCGAGAAGCUCGAAUCUGUCGACUUCUGAAGCACCCCAACAUCGUGAGACUGCAUGACAGCAUUUCAGAGGAAGGCUUUCAUUACCUAGUCUUCGACCUCGUGACCGGAGGAGAGCUUUUUGAAGACAUCGUAGCCAGAGAGUACUACAGCGAGGCCGAUGCCAGCCACUGCAUUAGUCAGAUCUUGGAGAGUGUCAAUCAUAUCCACCAGCAUGAUAUUGUGCACAGAGACCUCAAGCCUGAGAACCUGUUGUUGGCCAGUAAGAUGAAGGGAGCUGCAGUGAAGCUGGCAGACUUUGGCCUCGCUAUUGAGGUGCAGGGAGACCAGCAGGCUUGGUUUGGGUUUGCUGGCACUCCUGGUUAUCUCUCCCCGGAGGUCCUGAGGAAGGAUCCCUAUGGCAAGCCGGUGGACAUAUGGGCUUGUGGUGUUAUUCUCUAUAUCUUGUUAGUUGGAUACCCUCCUUUCUGGGAUGAAGAUCAACAUAAACUCUAUCAGCAGAUCAAAGCUGGGGCAUAUGAUUUCCCAUCCCCUGAGUGGGACACGGUGACUCCAGAGGCGAAGAACCUGAUCAACCAGAUGUUGACCAUCAACCCAGCCAAGAGAAUCACUGCUGAACAAGCCCUCAAACACCCAUGGGUCUGCCACCGUUCUACAGUGGCGUCCAUGAUGCACAGACAGGAAACUGUCGAAUGUCUCCGCAAAUUCAACGCCCGUCGAAAACUCAAGGGAGCCAUUCUCACCACCAUGCUGGUGUCCAGAAACUUCUCAGUGGGCCGGCAGCAUACCAACUCUGCUGCUGCCGCCUCCUCCACCGCCUCACUGGCUCAGGAAGCGUGCAAAAGUUUACUCAACAAGAAGUCGGAUUCUGCAAAGCCUUCCACCAACAACAGUAAGAACAGUAUAGUGAGCGCCAUCAAUGCCCUGAAAGACACCAACAUGGCAACCAACGCCCAGAUGGAGUCUCAGAGCACGGUGGUGCACAACCCUCCGGACGGAGUGAAGGGAUCAACGGAGAGCAAUGCCACCAACGAUGAGGAGGAAAUGAAAGGUAGGAAAGCGGACAGUUCGGCGCUGAGUCAGAGCAGCGCAGCAGAGGAGAUGCCCCCACUUCUGCCCUCACCUCAGAGCUCGCCUGCGAUUCCACCGCAUGAUGUAAAGCGCAUGGCAUGGAACAGCACGGGCAACAGCUCGUGCCCCGACUCUGACCAAUCACAGUCCUCCAUUCCCGCUGCUCCACUAGGGGGCAACGCUGUCGCUGCUAAAAGCAACACUAAGCCGACUCGUAAGCAGGAAAUCAUCAAGAUAACGGAGCAGCUGAUCGAGGCCAUCAACAACGGGGAUUUUGAAGCUUACACGAGAAUCUGUGACCCUGGACUCACCUCCUUUGAACCCGAGGCGCUGGGGAACCUGGUGGAGGGCAUGGACUUCCACAAGUUCUACUUUGAAAACCUGCUGAGCAAGAACAGCAAACCCGUGCACACCACCCUGCUCAACCCCCACGUGCACCUGAUCGGCGAGGACGCCGCCUGCAUAGCCUACAUCCGGCUCACGCAGUUCGUGGACUCCACGGGCCGCCCGCGCUCCAGCCAGUCGGAGGAGACCCGGGUGUGGCACCGCCGCGACGGGAAGUGGCUCAACGUCCACUUCCACUGCUCUGGAGCGCCUGCUGCCCCCCUCCAGUAAUCAGCGGUGCUGAGCCUCCAGUCUGCUGGAGUUUGUUUUGGGGGGCAGUUUUUUUCAGCGAGCGUGUUUAAGAGGUCCGUCCUCUGCGUGGAUUGGCUAGUGCCAGGAGCCCGGCCGGGCGAGAUCGCAUCCCUCUCCACGUUACCAACCAAUCCUGUCCCUCCUUUGACCUGCUGGGGGCUGGCUGAUGACAAGAACCCGCCCCCAUGGGAUGAUGCAUGCAUCUGGCGCCUGAUUGGAGGGCGCAUCUUUGCCCUCUGUCCCUCCCCUGGCAGCCAUCUUUUUUCUGCCCGUGCGAGAUGAGACGUCCCGGGGGGAGGAGAGGAUUUACAGUUGAACUUGUGACAGUUUAUGAGUAUGAGUUAUGAAUAUACUGUGUAAAUUAUGACUAGAUGUACCAGAAACCACCAAAACCCAACCAAGCAUUUAUCACCUCCCAAUAAGGGAGGAGCAGAGCGGAGCGAGAAGUAUAAGCAGCUGAGAUUUCGGACACAUUUAGGGAUUACCGGGUAGGAAGUGAUGUGCUCACUACCCGGAUGUUAAGAUGAAGGGAUACAUUUUCCUCAAACUGAAUUAAGGAGGGAAAAUAAUCAAGUUUGCUCAGUCAGAGAACUUGAUGACGAGAGAAACUUGAUAUCAAAAACAUGAAGCACCAAAGUGUAGAACUUUAGGCUUUUUACGUGUUUGUGUUUUUGUUUGUGUGUUUUCCGCCCGAACGGAAAUCGUAUUGUAGGGAUCCGGGAGGGGGGGGGGGGGUCUGACUUGAGAUCUCUCGUUUUGUUGUGUUUUUACCGUCCGUCUGAUCUGUUUCCUGUGAAUAACCGGAGCCUUUUUAUUUCCUGUUAUUGUUUGACUCUUUUGCUUUGACUGAUUGUGCAACCGAGGCUCCUUUUUAAAGCAGCUGGAUUCAAAAAGAGGGAUUUUAUUGUGCAAAUUUCAAGCUAACCCUGCUCGUCGGCUUGUUGUGCGUGCGUGUGUGUGUGUGUGUAACUGUGGUGGAGAGAGGGAGCGAGUGGGCCGGGAAAGGCGUCUGCGUUUUAGCAUGUUUGCCCGCUGCCUCUCCUUUACGCCCCUCCCCCAGCCACCAUCUCUUUACGUGUUUCUGUCCUCCAACCUUCCUGCCACUCUGUUUCGCUACUUUCUGUAAGGGCCUGGUUGUUUAUAAUCACUGUGUAAAUACAGUGUAUGUAUAGAUAUAUGUAGAAAAGUGUAAUAUAUGUACAUGUAUCUAAGAGACACUCAUCCUGUGCAUUUGGGGGAUCCCCCCCCGCGGCCUCUGACUCUCACUCUAGUUUAGGAUUUUCCUCGAUAGUUCAAUUCUCCACUCCAAAAUACUUAAGAUAUCGGUAGCUCCUAAUCCUUUAAGGCUGACGUCGACACACACACACUCCUAUAGGCCGUAGUCCCGAGGCCACACGACUGUUUCUGAAGACGGGGAAGAAAAGAAAACAGGAUGGAAGUAGUUUAACCCCCACAGACCUGGUAACAUAGUGUCCUUAUCUCCUGAUCCCACAAUGCUGUGAGCCGUCUUUUCAUAUCAUAUGCACUUCUACACACCCGGCGGCGUGUUUGGGCUUUGUGACAUAUCUGCACCGCUGCUGUGUGACCAACACCACCCUCGUCGUGCUGCUUUACCGUCUCCAUCCACCUGCAAUCUUUAACUCCUCCCUCCAAUAUCUCCACGGCCCUCGUGUUCGAAGGAGCACCCGCUCUUGAAAUGUUUAUUUGUACCUCUAUCUGUUGUUUCCAGUGUUACUGGUUUUGACUUUUUAUUUUGUUCUUCUUUUCUUUUCUUUUUUUGGUUGUUGUUGUUCUCGUUGUUGUUAUUGUUGUCGUCGCUGUUUGCUGUUAACUCAGUUGUUUGGUAAUUUGCUGAUCUGCCAAGCUGGAGUUCUGCACUCUCUCUCUCCCUUCGCAAACGGAGGGGUUUAAAAAAAAAAAAAAAAAAAAGGACAAAAGGGAAGAAAUAUAACCGCAAAAUGAAAGAUACCGAUCAGGACGAAAAUUAAUAAUCAAUAUAAUCUACCCUUGGUGGUUUUAAAUGGUGCCUGCUCGGCUGCGGGGAGCUGGCGGAGGCAGGAGGGCGUGGGUGUCGCGGGCGGAGCGGGACACCUAGUUAUAUGCAUGUUUCAGUUACACAUUUCUGCCAUGUACCUACAUGAUUAAGGAUGGAGUUAGUGUUAAUAUAUGAUAUUUGCAUCUUUUCAAAUAUGAAUUUUCCUCCAUCCAGAAUGUUGAACAGGUGACAUGAAAAUAUAAAAAUACAAAAUAAAAAAAAAUAAAAAAUUAUAAUUAUAAUUUAAAAAAAAAAAAACACAAAAAAAAAAGAUUCAGGAGCCGUAGCUUGGUAUGAGGCCCUUGAUGUUCGCGUUUUCCCUGCGUUGUAAUGAUAUACUAUUGGGCUGCGCUUUUCUCCCCCAGCCUUCACACGGAUGCUGGAUUUGUUUUUGUUUUUUUAUUUUUAUUUAUUAUAUUUUUUUCUGUUGUUUUUUUUUUUUUCUUUUGUUUUUGCAUGAUCAUGAUGUACAAUGAAUUACAACCAUGAAUUGACGAUUAUCAAGUGUUUGUCUGAGUGUUAGUUGGUCCUCAUCUAGCUUUGUUAUUCUUCAAACUUGGAUCUUGAAAGUAUUUAAUAAAAAUACUAUUUCAGCACC